CUUCAGAGGUAGAGAUCCAGAGAUGAUAUCAUUCCAAAAACUCAUGACCAAUGGUUGAUCAAAUAAAUUUAUAACAAUAAAAUAAUCCCAUUUGUUUGAUUUCAGUGUCAUAUUAACAUGUUGUUCCCACUGCACCACCAUAACUAUUUAUCUUCCCCUCCUCUCUCCCUCUGCCCCCAUUAUAUUAUACUACUAUAAGACUCACACACUUCUCUCUCCCUCUUUCAUCUAAACUCUACUUCUUUCUGCUUUCUGUUUCUUUUAUCUGCCUCCAAAUCCCAACUGGGCUUUCUGUUUCUUCCUACUUCUUGGUUUUCUUGCAGAGAAAAAACACAGAAAAAAGACUAUGUCUUCAGUGUUAGGCUCUCAAGGGGUGGUCUUGGCCACUGCCAUGGCGGUUUCCGGCACCUUCAUCCUCCUCGCCCUCCGCCUCCAGAAAUGCCUACCCAAUCCUCACGGAUACCCAGUUGGUGAAAUUACCCAUCAGUCCUCCCCUCAAAUACUACGAUCUUGUAUAUCUUCUGAUGGAAAGAAGAGGAGGAAGAAGAACAAGAGGGUGCACUUUGCAGAGGACGUCGUGGAUCCGAUUGGAGACAAUCAAGAGUUUAGACGGCAGUACCAGAUAAUUCCCACUGCUUCUUCCAAAUCUUCAUCAUCUUCUGCAUCUUCUGCAACUUCCCAAAAAUACAGAGGAUCCAUGCCUGCUAAUCGGGCGGCUCUGUACAAUGGGAUUCUCAGGGAUCGUGGCUGUCACCGAUUGGCCUACUCCUACUGAUGAAUUCCCACAUCUGUUCUGUAUAUUUUUGGGGUUAAUUUUCUGUAAUGAUCGAGUCUUUUUUGUUUUUUCUCUCUCUCUCUCUUUAAUUUGUACAAAUUUUAGUUUUUUUUUCUUUUGCUGAUGAGAGGUUAAGUAGGUUGGAAGGAAUAUUCGGAACUUGUAUGUAGCUGGGUUCCACACGUUUGGUUAGUUGCUGCCGUUUUAUGUUUCUUCUUGUAAAAUGAUUGGGUUCAAGGUGGAAUCUUCUGUUAAUACCGACACUUUUGUUGAUAUUUUAAGAAAAUUUCAAUUACGUUC